AUGUUUAAAGAAUUUCAAAAUGAUUUUUGGCAAGAAGAACAUCAUUGGUAUACUUUAUAUGUAUUAGAUAUUAAUUCUGGAAUGAUUUUUACAAUACCUUAUCCUUUUAACGAUUAUAAAUUAAUUUGGUAUACCAAUAAUUUUACAAAUCAAUCGAGAAAUUAUGAUGAUUUACAUAAAAAUGUAACAAACUUACAACUAUAUGAUAAUUUAUCAAUAAAGAAAUAUCCAUUUUAUUUUUCAAAUAUAAAAGAUUUAUCUAUAAUAGAUCAACCUUGGCUUCCGAAUGAACGCUUAUUUCCUAAUGAUACGAUUGAUUAUCUUAUAGGAAAAGUUAAUUUAUCAAAAUUAAAACAUUUUGAUUUAUCAACUUAUCAAAUAAAACCAACAAUUUUAUUACAAAUAGUAAAGAAAUCUCCCCAAUUAUCAAAAAUGACAGCUGAUACAAAUCUAAUUCGAUCAUUUUUUUCAAAUAAUGAACUAUGUUAUGAUCGUAUGGAACAAUUUUUUCAAACAUUUUCAAGUUUAGAAGAACUUUUUUGUGGUUUUGCUCGUAUGUCUUCAGAAGAUUCUUGGGAUUUUUGGAUAUCGUUAAUCAAUCAUAUUGAACAAUUUUCAAUAAUAAAUAUAUGUAAUUUAUCAACUAGAUCAAUUUAUAAUGAAAAAUUUUAUUCUCAAUUACAAGAUAAAGCUUCAAAACACAAUUUUAUCUAUCGACUUGUACCUCCCGAUAUUGAUAAAACUAUUGAUAUUUGUACACAAUUAAAAAUUUGGAUUGAUUAA